AGAAGACACGGCCAACGCCCCAAUCACUUCCAACCGCCUCUCUCUGCCUUAGGAGAGGCAUUUCUCGCUCGAGUCCAACCAGGCAGAAGUUUUGCCACCCACUUCUGGUUCACUCCCUCAAAGUUUGUCGUCAGCUCGAAAAAGGCCCGCCCGGCUUUCCAGCUUUCAUUUUCUCCUCAGGACUACUGCAAGAAGGGCCAUCUUAAAGACGUGCUCGGGCUCCGUGUAGUUUGCGUGAAGUCUGUAAGGCUGAAGGCUGUAGACAUGGCAGACACAGACGCCAGUCCCGCUGCCAGCUGUGUGGAGAAACUGAGGACCUACGUACGGACUCGGAAAGGAACUAUUCUGGCUGUUGAAAUAUUCCUGAGCUUUAUCAUUAUUAUAUGCUAUGCAGCAUCACUGUACGGGGGUUAUUCAGCAGUGGCUAUCUGCGAGAUGGUCUUUGCCCUUGUCUUCUUUGUCUUCUUUAUGAUGGAGUUCGACAAACAGUUUCAGCUCAUCAACUGGCCCUGGACUGACUUGUUCCGUGCCGGGAUUGGUGCACUGUUGUACAUCAUCACCUCUCUGAUCUGUGUGAUUGGUGGAGCAGGUGAUGGAGCGCGUAUCGCAGGCGGGGUGUUUGGCUUAAUUGCUGGCAUCCUGUUUGGUUAUGAUGCCUACACAAUUUUUCUGGACAUCAAGAGCACUAGAGGACAUACUGCUACUUCUACAGAUGACAGAGUUUGAACACUACUUUUGCAUCUUGACAGCAACAGCAUCGCAUGGAAACACUCGAAAACAAAAGAUUGAAGAAUGGCAAGCUAAGAAUUUCAGAGAUCGGUCACGAUAAGAUAUGUUGAAUGUUGUGGAGAUGUAAACACUGCAAAAUGAAAAUAUUACAAGAAAAAAAACCAGAAAGGAAUCUGUGGAUUGUCAAUGAGCCCACUAAAUAAGGCUGUAAUGAUUACUGCUCAGUCAAAGCCACAUUGAGCAACAGGAGAAGCUGCUGUCUGACAUCUUGGCUAAAAACCUGCAAAAAAUGGAGUUAUAUUGAUGGUGGUGUAAAGGCUCCUAUUGAUGCCGGGCAGAGAUCAUUGGAAAUUAAGGAAAGAAUGAGAUUGGCUAGAAUGAUGUAACUAGUUGAACGACCUUGGCUUUACCAUGACACAACAUUUUGUCAAGUAAUUAAGGGACUAUCACAUGAAGAAAGGGAGCUGACGAGCCUUGGUCCAGUUUAAGCUGGUGCUAUUUUUGAGCUUAAUUACAGGGCAUACUAUGCUUAUGCUUGGAAGCACCUUGGGUGUAAAAUUUUAUUCAUGGUAGAUAACAAGAACUAAUAACUUUGAUAACUGUAUUGAUUAUUAUUAAUGAAAUUGAAGCUUAAGUGCUAUACUGGUAGGAGUUUGUGUGUGUGUUUUUUUUUCAUAAUAAGUUAAUAUCUUGAUUAUCUGUUGCCAUAGUAACCUCUUACCUCAAUGGCUAUUUUGUUAAAUGUAAUUUGGAGUCAGAUCUGAGCAGCAGAAGGUUCUAAGUGCAUAUUCACCAGAAGCACUGCAGGACAGAAGUCUAAUAAACGAUAACAAUGCCCAAAAAAAUUCUGCAUUUUGCAUGUAUUCCUCAUUGAGUAGUUUAUAUAUUCUGUAAUACUGGCGUGAUACAUCUCCCUGAAGCCCUAGUUAACCCUGGUGAUGUGUUUGUUCCUAAGUGGUCUGGUGGACGCACCACAUUAUUUAUUGUUUUAAUCAAUACAGCUGUAACAAUAAAUGUAAAAAUACCAGGUGUUUAAAACAUCACAAGUGGCCAGUGUAGAGUUCUCCUUUAGCAGCUGUAGCCAGUCAGUAGCCUGUCCAUGUUGUCCACCCUCACACACACACACACACACACACACACACUAAUAGCAGGCCAUGUAGGAGGAGAACAUUGUGAAGGGAGACUGCAGCUCCACACUUCCCCGUGGGGGGGGUGUACAGUGUGAAGUCACUGAAAAUGUGUUAUUUUACAUAUUCUCCACAGAAAAUGAGCAAAGGCCAAGAAAUCUGAGGUUGACAUAAUAAUAAAUCACAUAAUUGUUUCUUUUGGUAAACAUUGAAAAAGCGUUCCAUAGACCCCACCACCACACAAGGGUUAUGUAUUAGUAAAUGAUGCUCCUAUAAGAAUCAUAAUGUUAUGUAAUGUUAUGUACACAGCGCUGUAUUGAGAGAAGGAACGCUCAUUGAUGUUGCCGUUGUGCUGUAACAGUUGCUUUGUGAUCAGGCCCUACUUGUUAUUGUGUCAUUUAGACUUGAGGUUUUUUUAUAACUCGCACAGCUUAUGCUGCGUUACAACGUUGUUUUCUAGGUGUACUAGGUGUCGAUGAACUUGUAAGCUAAAGAGUCGAGGUGUGCCGUGCUUUGUUUCCUGCAUUCUUUUCAACUCAAGAGUGCAGUAAUAUCACUCACUGCUUCCAGUACAGCCUCCUGAAAAUGCAUAGUAGACUACUUUAGUUAAAUUAGUUUGCCUUAUUCUAAAACCAUUCUCAGCUAAGCCAUAUCGCUAUGAUUUUUUUUCUGUCAGUAAUUACAGUCUCAGGAUAUGCCUUUUUAGAAAUAUUUUAGACCAAGUGUGAGAGUUUCUUUCUGAGAGUUUUUUUGUUCAUCCGUGAAAAACAAUGCAGUCCAAAGUAGCUCUCCAGUAUUUUAAUUCUUUUCACUUUUCUAAUGUAACUGUGUUUUUUUUUUUUUUUUCAGGAUGCAAUGUGCUUCAAAAAUGUGUUAUAACCACGUUUUAUUGGUGUGUGCAACCAAUAAAAGCGGGAUAUAUUUAAACAA